AUGACAGAGUUCAAGAAGCAUUUGGACAAUGCUCUCAGUUGUGUGGGCUGGGCAGAUGAAGUGGAUGGUCUGAAAGACAUAAACAUCAUCUGUGGAGAGAGCUUAAACAUCCUCACCCCACACAUGCUGCUAUUGGAGCAGCAGGGACCAGAGAGCGAAUCGCCGGCUCUGCUGUCCAUCCCGGAGGGUGAGGAGGGGCUGACCAGCUGCCGGAGCCUCCCCACAGCGGGACCCCAGCCGCCUUCGCAGCUCCGCGCUCCCGGCCCCGCCUCUCCCGGGCCGUCACGGGCCUGGCGCAGGCGCGGCUCGGCCAUGGCGGCAGCCGUGGAGCGGCGCCUCGCUGAGUUCCGCGCCGCCCGCGGCAGAGCUGCCGCUGCUCCGCGUCCAGCCGAGCCGCCGGGAAAGGCCGCGGCUCCGGAGGCCGCCGAGAGACCGCGGGCAGAGGCGGAGGUCCCGGGCGGCAGCGCUCAGGGCCGGCCCGCCGCGGCGGCGGCUCCGGUGUGGGCGCGCCCGCUGCUGCUGAAGGUGCUGCUGUGGGCCGUGCUGCUGGCGCUGUUCGUGGAGCUGGAGCUCGGGCUGCCCUAUUUCGUCCUCUCCCUGCUCUACUGGAUGUACGCCGGCACCCGCGGCCCCGCCGAGCGGCGGCCCGGCGAGCUCAGCGCCUACUCCGUCUUCAACCCCGGCUGCGCCGCCAUCGCCGGGACGCUGACGGCCGAGCAGCUGGAGCGGGAGCUGCACUACCGGCCCGCCGCGGGCAGGUAGCGCCGGGCCCGGCGGGGUCUGCCCUGCGCUGGGCCGGGACAGCCGCCGCCCCCCCGAGGAACGGCCGGGGCUUGGGGAAAUGAAAUGGGAUUUGUUCCUUUGCAAAAAACCACCUGAGCCUUACUGCUGGCCCCGUGUCCCACGGCGCCGGGCGGUCCCGAAUAAAGCCGUAGCAAAGCCUG